GGGAGAGAGUGUCGAACCGUCAGCGGAAGCAGGCAGACAGAGAGUGGACAUUUAUAGAUUUUCUUUCAGUGAAAAAUUACCCAUCUUCAGCCCAAUUUCUCUGCUCUGCCCCCUUUUUUCAAAAUCCAGUGAUUUUGAUUAGAUUUUCCGCCAUAAUUGUGUGCAAAAGGACGCGUGAACGUUGCAAGUGAGGUGAUUUUGUGUUAAACGGUCGUGAAGGACUGAUUGAAAAAAAAAACGAACUUUUUGAUUGAGAAAAUCUUGAAAAACUGAAAAUUCUUCAAGAGAUAAAAAAAAAGAAAAUUCUGUGGUUCGGAUUUCGCGAUAAAUAAAAUCAGUUUUGGGGCAAAAAAGAAAAAAAAGAAGUGAAUCUUUGCAACUCUCUUUUGAUUUUCUCUGCACAACCUGCUUGGAAAAUUCACAAAUGGUGGCUUAGAAAAUUGUGGGGACAGUGAACUUCGGUGGAUGUAGAUUGUGUUGGUUGUUUGGCACAAGGAAAAGCUUUUGGGCUGUUUAUGUGUUUUGCUGUGCCACCCCGGCCAUCGUCCUUGUCUGGCACCACGAGAAGUUUGUAAUAUGUCAGUGGGACGGUCUGCGACCAUUUGUUGGAUUCGUGGCUCAUUUCCGGCCGCCACCGAGGGUCUCUCUGGCAGCGUGGCGAACUUUGUGAUCACGGCCAGAUUCUACUAAUGCAGUGGCGGAAGUUCACGCGACUGAAAGCUGCUACUGGACAUUCGCGUACGCGAAGAAUGCUUUGCUGUGGACGGAGAAAGGAAAAUGGAAGAUCUGUGCCUGAUCUCACUGCUAGUCCGGGUCGAGCUCCACCUGGACCAAUGCCAAGCAACCAAGCGAAUAUCAUCUCGCAGCAGCGACAGGGCGUCAAGGAGCCCGUGCUUCUGCAGGGUGACUUCCGGAAGGUCUCUGGCAUCAGUUCAGAGAUUUUCCGGCAAAUUGAAGCUGUGGAGAAUGACCACGACCCGAGCACAGCGGCCGCACUCGAGUCGGUCGAGAGGAGGGGUGAAAUGAUUGUGCGAAUUUUGGAGCCACGAUGCAUCGGUGGGCGGCAAGCGGUUGAGGCGGCGCAGAAACUAAUGACAAAGGGUGAUGCUCGGCAUACAGUUCAGUUGGUCGAGAUUGUUAAGCGACCUGGUCAGACUCUUGGUCUCUACAUCCGUGAGGGCAAUGGAGCUGAUAGAUCCGAUGGUGUCUUCAUCUCUCGCAUCGCCCUAGAGUCGGCGGUUUACAAUAGUGGCUGUCUCAGGGUCGGCGACGAAAUCCUGGCGGUCAAUUUGGUGGACGUGACACGAAUGUCUCUGGAUGAUGUGGUUAUUAUCAUGUCAAUCCCGAGACGCCUGGUGCUGGCCAUUCGUCAGAGACGUGGUGGCCGUGGAGCUAAUUCCCCAGGACCACCGUCUAUGACACGACCUGAGCAGAAACCUCCACCGGUUGUGGUGAUCAAGAGGGAUCUCCGUGAGGAGGAUCUCGAUAUGAUGGAGCAGGAUCGACCAUCCAGAUCGCGAUCAUCACGCGAAAGACGUACAGGUGAUGGUAGAGAAAUGACAGAAUCCCGCUCGAGAUUGGGCCUUGGCCUAAAUAACUACAGCCCACAGAGUGAGCAGCUGGAUUUGUACUACAACAGCCGACCAAGUGCACAAAGUGAACCACCUAGUUGGGGGUACAAACCCCCGCCCCCGCCCUCCGUUAUCACUGAACAACCCAAAGGCGCCCACCAGUUCACACCAUCACAUGCUUACUACCAAAAUGCCGGUACCUUGGAAAGUCUGGCUGAGAAGGUGCACUCAUUCUAUCCUAGUGAUUCUUACGGCCCAAGUCGACGUAUGUCGGCAGGAGGAAUUGGAUCGAGUCAGUCCCACCAGAGAUUUCCACGAAGUGGCUCGGACCAGCAUCUUCCUCGUGUGGAGUAUUCGGACUUCUCAUCACUUGGGCGCCAUUCUUUGCUACGUUCCAGCCUCAAAACAGGUACCCCAACAGGUGGUGGAACCCUCGGUCGCUACGGACGCUACGAUCCACCAUCUCGAGCUCCCAAAUAUGGUGUUACACCAUCGUCAUCGCUGGCCCGACGAUCACGCCCAACGCUGGACUAUUCAAGUGACACAGAAGCAACAAUUGGUCCACGGCCUAGCUACUACUACUACAACAGGCCUGCCCUGCCCAGCCUCGCGAGUUCCGGACGUGCCAGUGUGACGGGAAUGAGUUCGGAUUUGGGUAAAUUCAACUCACUUCCCCGUGAACGACCCAGUGCAUCGCGGCUUGGCCUACGGAGUCGCCUUGGGGAUCGUCUUCUCGACGAGGGGGAUGGCAAUUGGUCAGGACCUGAGCUACCGCCACGGGAUCGUGUAGCCGCUCAUCUUUCAGAGCUGCGAUCGCGUCUAUCAGCCAGCCCGUCAAUCUUCACUUCCGACGAGUACCGUGCAUGGCUCCGACGUGCACCCAGCAGUUCGGCCAUCAGUGAACAAAUGCGAGCAUCCCGUGGACUCCUGGGACCCCACGUGGGAAGGUUCUCGUGCAGUGCUGAGAAUAUUCACGAUGCACUCAAAAACACUGAGAGUAUCUACAGCUCCAGGACGGGGGCAAUGAGUUCCACACUGGAUAGGCACAUGGGUGGACCUAGGGGUGCCCUAGCUGGGGUUCCCGUCCGAUCCCUCUCAUCGCAGCACUUGGGAACUCCGUCAUCCCUGAGGUCGCCGAGUAUGCGACGAAUGCGGCAGCUGCUGGAACUGAGCAGUGGCCCCGGAAGUCCAGCUGGGAGUAGUAUUAGUGGUCAUCAGAGUCCAGCUCCCACACCGAGCGCCACAUUGCCCAGACCACAGCGACAGAUCGACAUUAACCCGGCGGAAUUUGUCAAGUACAAGCUGGAUAAGCCCGUGAUGGAUGUCAAUGGGAUUUCGGGGAUGCUGUGGAUACAUCUUCUAGCGGGCAGGGGGCUACGAGCUACUCCCGAAGGAACCCAAACUCCCCAGCCUGCAGUGCGGGAUCUCUACUGUGUGCUGGAGUGUGAUCGUGUGCACAAAGCUCGGACUGUUGUCCGUUCUGGGGAUCUGCAAUUUGACUGGGAUGAGUCAUUUGAGUUGGAUCUCGUGUGCAAUCGUCAGCUGGAUGUUCUCGUGUACUCCUGGGAUCCGCAGCAUCGACACAAGCUCUGCUAUCGUGGUGCUGUGUCCCUGGCCACGAUCCUGCGUCAAUCACCGCUGCACCAGCUGGCGCUGAAAGUUGAACCGCGUGGUACGAUCUACCUCCGAGUACGGCACACGGAUCCCUCAACGCUGUACCGUCGUCGUGGGCUCCCAAGUCUCCGGGCCGGGUAUCCACAGCUCUUCGGUGCUGACCUGGAGACCGUUGUGACGCGUGAGGCGAAAGGGGCGCCCGGCAGUGCGCCCGUGCCCAUUGUCCUCCGACGCUGCGUUGAGGAAGUUGAGCGCCGGGGAUUGGACAUCAUUGGGCUCUAUCGCCUCUGCGGUUCGGCCACGAAGAAAAGGCUUUUGAGGGAGGCAUUUGAGAGGAAUAGCAGAGCAGUUGAAUUGAGUCCGGAUCAUGUUCCUGAUAUAAAUGUAAUUACUGGGGUGCUAAAGGACUAUCUCAGGGAACUUCCAGAGCCUCUGUUCACUAGAUGUCUCUUCCAAAUGACCUUAGAUGCUUUAGUAGCUGUUUGCUUACCAGACGACCCUGAAGGCAACGCAAAACUCAUGCUGAGUAUUUUAGAUUGUCUCCCACGGGCAAAUCGGGCCACCCUUGUGUUCCUUCUCGAUCAUCUCUCAUUGGUUGUGUCUGCGUCUGACCGCAACAAAAUGUCAGCCCAAGCCCUAGCCACAGUCAUGGGACCCCCAUUGAUGCUGCACAGCACAGGAAAUGCCGGGGAAAAUGUGGAUCAUGCACAACCAAUUGCGGUGCUCAAGUAUCUUCUGCAAAUCUGGCCACAGCCACACACAGCUGCAGCUUCAGAUACUGUUGUCUCUGCAUUCGCACCUACACAACACUACACAACAGGUCGACGCAGCGAGCCAAUCGGGCAGCGUGGAAACAGAGCCAGUGCAUUGCAAGUGGGCAAACCACAAGCCUCAUCCAACCUCCAUAUCUCACCCUCGGUGGCGGGCAGCAGCCCAUCUCAAGGCCCUCUUCCGCUCUCAGCCACUCUCAGCAAUCGUGCGUCUCCAUCAGCAGUGGGUCUGUUAGCUCAAUCGCCUCGAGCCUCGCCAAUUGCGGUCCAACAGCACCAUCCAUCGGCGGUCUCAGCGGUCUCGGCGGUGCGCGUCCAGUCGCCACCCGCCACACCCUCCCCCGGCAGUAGUUCCGCAUCCACAUCCGGCUCUGAAUCCGGCACCGACACAGUCAAGCGAGGUGCUUCGCCAGCAAUGAGUUUGUCUUCUGUGGCAUCCGCAUCGACGGUACGCCUCAGGGAGUCUGGUAGUUCGCAUUCGGUUAAACCCACGGAUGCCAAUGGGAAACCACAGAAGAAUGGCGCGAGUGACAUCAAUCCAUCCACCACAGAGCAAAUUGCAUCUCGCAGUGGUUUCAACUCCACCGACACAUCAUCGCUCACGAAUUAUUUGUCCAAAAUGUCAGCAGCAUCAUCAUCGUACGGUCAACCGUUGCGUUCCACCAUCACACCAUCCUCAACCGCCACAUCGGAGACGAGUAGCUUCAUGCUGCGAAAUCAAAUUAUGUCCACUCUCGGUAGCUACCAAUUCCCCUCGACGAGCUUGAGUAGUCGCCUGACGGACACCACAUCAUCCGUGAGUGCACUGGCGUCGGAAUAUUUGCGUAAGACUCAAAUGGAUAGCAGCACAGCACCACGUGCCGCAACAUCGGCGACAAGUUCCCCCUUUGCAUCCACAUCCAAGGGUGCGUACCAACCCCCAACGGACACCAUUGCAUCCAUCAUGGCGCGUACGGGCCACUCCCCAACAUUUGCCAGCACCACGGCUAACGGUGACACCGCAACAUCCCACACGGAGUCGGUAACGAGCAGUUCUAGCAGUGCACUGCUCUACGGGACACUACCCAAAAACGGUAGUCCCUACACUACGCGUGCCACAACAAAUGGUGGUGGCUCCACAUCCCCCUACAGCAGUAGCACGACGAAUAACAUUGAUUUAUACGGUGGUGCUGGUGGGAAUGGCUUCACCUAUGGCACGUAUAGGGUUCAGUAUUCCUCAACAAACCCCUUCCUGCCCACCUACAAUCCCGCCCAGUGCGAACCAUCGCAAUCUGCUAUCCCAUCGAUAACAAUCACGUCGAAAGACAGCGCCAGUGCGGCCAUUUCCACCACGACCAAUUCAAAAAUUGACACUGAAUAGAGCCCCUCCCCCCACACUCAGGUCCCUCCAACAGCUGACCCACUCCUUCCUGGCAAACUCUAUACCCAUUGUAGUGCUGCCUAUGUAACCCCUAUGCAGCACUACCUGGCGCAAUUUGCCUCGCAAGGAAUGAAUAAAAAAUGUACUGGUAAGCUGACCAAGCUUACGAGAGCUGUGUUUCUUUCAGUGUACCAAUUUUGUGAGAGCAAACUAGAACGCAAAUUCAUUUAAAUACGCGCAAAGUCGGGAAAAGUUGAAAAAUCAUCCCCCAAGAAAUCUUUAAAACGCCAUAUCUCGGGAACGGCUCCAUAGAUUUUCGAGUUUGAGCUAUCGUUGGAAAGGUCUUAACCUCAACUAUAAUAUAUUAAAAUAUGAAGUCAAUCGAUAAUAGCAUUUUCGAAAUAUUCGAGUUCGAAAUUUUCGAAAAUUUUUAUUUUGACUUUAGCGCCUCUCGCGGUCAUUUUUCGAACUUGCAAUGUUCUAGACAUUUGUAGAGCUUCACGAAACCUUUCAUUUGCGCUUGAGUUGAUUAAAAUCGGACUUGUAGAACCCGAGAUAUGACAUGCCAACUUUGGAAGGCUAUAUCUCGAGAACGGCGACAUAGAUUUUCUUCAUUUUUGGCAUGGAGCUAGAUAAUAUAGUCAGCUAUAACAUAUCAAAAAAUGAAGCAAAUCGAUAAUGGCGUUUUCGAGAUAUUAAUCGAAAACUCAUCGAAAAUUUUGUUUUUGAUUUUUGGCCCCCUAGCGGUCACUUUUGAAACUUCGGAUGUUCUGGAGAGUUGUAGGGUUUGUUGAGAUCUUUCAUUUGACCCCGGGUUGAUCAAAAUCGGUCAAGCCGUUUUCGAGUUAUGGUCGAUUUUCGAUGAAAAAUUGUGGCAGCCAUAUUGGCUAAACGGCUUGACCGAUUUUCGAAAAUGAGGUAUCGUUGGAAAGCUCUUGAUGGCCCCUACAACAUAUCAAAAUUUCAGAUUUUUAGCUAUUACAGGGGUUGAGAUAUAGCGAAAACAAAAUUUUGAGGUUAUUCAAAAUGGCGGACGGAGGGGUGGGGGGGUGGAUUUGACCUCAUAAUCGGAUGUCUUCCGGUCGAUAUUUAAACUUUGCCGUUGACCGCAAGUCUCUAUCUAUUACCGUUCUCUUGUAAUUUAGCAAAAGGUUCCGGACGGACGGACGGACGGACAUACGUUUUUUAGCAUACGUUUUUUGGAAUGUGGGGACCCUAAUUCGUGCUCAUCCCAAGUUUGAGCCCGAUCUGACGACUUUCGAUUUUGCUCGGUACACAAAAGCUGUGUCUGAAAGAAACACAGCUAAAAAUUGAGAAAGACUUUAAAAUGAAUUUUCGCACGAUUCAGUUGAAUAUCUCGACAAUAAACUACCGCGUAAGUUUCCAAUAAAAAACUACAAAUUAAGACAUUUUAUAUAAUUAAAAAUUACCUACAAUAAAUGUAGAUCUAUACUCACUCUCCUUGAAGAAAAUGAAAGAAAAAAAAAACAGAAAAAACGCUUUUUGAUGGUACAUUUUUAGAUAAAAAGAAAAAGGAAAAACAAAUAGAAAAUAAAUGCGAUAAAAUUAGCAUAUAAGCUAGUGGGGUGAAAAGGAUGAUAAAAUAGGGGGAAAAGGAUGAUUUUGCAUGAAAGUUGCGGGAAAAAAUGAAGAAAAUUUAUGGGCCAAACUAACAAAAUUUCCUAUCUAUCUCUUCUUAUAUAUGAAAACCUUUUCUAUCGCUAUAUGGACUAUUUCAGAAAAUAUACUCUAACAUUUUCUAUCUCCAUUUUUGUACAGAUUGCUAAAUGAAAAACCAUUUUAUACCAGAACCUUUCAACAAAAGAAAAAAAAUCAUUCAAAUCCUAUUAAAAUUUAUCCAUAAAUAAUGUUCUUUGGAAAUUCAUGGAGAUUAUGGUUUUUUUUAUAAAGUUUUUUGAAGAAGUUUCUUCAAUCUUAUUUGGGUCCUUCUUUGAAGAAAUAACACGUGAUCUUAAAGAGGAACGAAAAGAAUAAAAAAUUACCAAACAGACAGAGAUCAGGACGAAGAAAAAACUGUCGAAAGAUCCCCAAAAAUGCAAAGAAUGACGUCAACAUUCGAUUAUUUCCUCGAAGGAGUCUAUAAUACGAUUAAGACUCCUUUUAAGGUUUUUUUUGUAAUUUUUUUCUUGAAAUUUUGUCUUCUUGAGUUAAGAAUUCUCUUAAUUCUAGAUUAAUCACGAAGACUUUAAAUAUUUUAAAGUUUUUUAUUUGAAUGCAGGAUUAAUUUUGAAUGUUUUUAUAGCAUUUAAAGAAUUUAAGAAUAUUUUAAUUGAACUGGAGGCGCAAUAACUUCAAGAUUUAUGUUGCUGUGUAGUUUAAAAUUAAUUAAUUUAAUUUUAAUUAAGGGUAGUUUGUUGUGCAGACUUUCCCCUCCCUGUUCAAUGAUGAAAAAUGCUAUAACUGCAGAAGCCUGAAGAAGAAAAUAAACAUUUUCAAAACGUCGCUGAAUGCAAACAAUUGCAUUUUAAUCAUCAUUUUAUCCCCCGCAGACCGAAUUCCGAACAAUUUUUUGUAUAAAUAAAUAUCUUUUUAAAUAUUAUUUUUUAUCUAAGAAUCUUUUUUUUUUAAUUUAGCUUCUAAUAUUCUUUCAAUAAUUUAACGUAAUUUUUCUUAACCAAACUCUUCUAAUUCAUUCAAUCUACUAAAACAUUCCCAGGAAUAAAAAAUUAUUUAUGCAAAAAACUGAUAUAAAAAAUACAGAAAAUUAAGAAAAAAAAGCUCUAAUGGACUGAGGAUUAUUUUAUCUACGUAAUAAAAUAUCUAAUGGUUAAAUAAAAGGUACAUUGAAGGUGAAAUGAAAAGCAUAAUAUGACUGUUUAAGUCAUGAAAUACGAAUAAAAGAUUUUAGAAUUUAACUAACUGAAUUAUGAGUAAAAAAAAUGAGAAAAACACCAAAAAAAAAGAAACUUAUUAAUCUUAAAGGAUGAACAAAAAAACUUUUUUAAAGGAAAGAGUUUGAGUUCUCACAGAGAGAUCCGCGAGAGGAACAAGAUGAAAAAGAGAGAGAUAAUCAACUGUCGUGUGAAAAUUCAAAAAUUGCAUUUUGCAAAAGAAACAUUAUAUACCUACAUAAUUAUCGAGAAUUUAUACAUUAAAUAAAAAGUUUGAGAAAUGUAAAUUUUCUCAAAAGAAAAAUCAGACACAAUCCACUUUACACAAGGAAUCAAUAACAAAUUUCGAUAAUAUUUCUCUCUAGUUAUUCAUUUUAUUGUGACAAAUAAAUUAUAUAGGUACAUUUUGAUGAAUAUUUAUACAUCUUAUACAUGUGAGAAAAACAGACAAAUUUUUACCAAAAAUUUCUUUUUACAAAAUAAAACAAUUUUUCACGUUUGAUGGUUACACAACAACAAAAACACCCCCGCGUGAGUGUUUUAAUUAACGUAUAAGACAUUUGUGAAAAUUAACACACCCCCAGUAACAAUUUUGAAAAAAUUAUAAAAUUAAACAAAAAAAAAUACUCAAUGAAUUUUAGCGUAAUAAAAAAAAUAGCAAAGAAAAAACAUGUGACGUGAUUUUUAGUUAAUAGCAUUUAACGUGGGUUUUUUAGGUCGCCCAAUGGUUUUUUAUUGAUGCUUAUUAACUAGAGGAAAAAAGCGUAACUUUUAAGUGUAGUUUAGCUGAUGGAAGAAUAAAUUUUGUAAAUAGUUGUAGCUGAAAUAUAGAAAGAAGAAAAA